GUAGACCAAUCGCCCUUGAGUGAUAAACUUGAUUGCCUGUAACUGUCAUGGAUUAUGAACACAAAGCUAAAGCGGUGGCAGACUGCCUGCUGAGCUACAGGAGGGAUGAAUCUGGGUGGAAAGUCUGCAGGAAAUCGAAUGAUGUAGUGGUUUCUUGGCGUCCCUCGUCUGAGUUCCCUGGGAAUGUUUACAAGGGUGAGGGCAUUGUCAGCGGCAGUCCUGAGAAAGUAUGGGAAUGUCUGAAACCUGUUCCCAAUGGGCUUCGCGUCAAGUGGGACAGCAACGUCAAAAAGUUUGAGCUUCUUGAACAGAUAAUGGAGGAUAUUUCCAUCUGCCGGACAGUCACACCCUCAGCAGCUAUGGGUAUUAUAGCUCCACGAGACUUUGUAGAUGUUAUUUUAGUUAAACAACAUGAAGAUGGCAGCAUUUCUUCCAAUGCAACCAAUGUGAUUCAUCCUAGUUGUCCUUCCCAGCCUGGCUAUGUGAGAGGAUUCAACCAUGCAUGUGGCUGCAUUUGUAUUCCCAUCACAGGGGAACCCAGAAAAACCCGGGUGUUCAGUUUCUUCCAGACAGACCUGGGUGGCCUCCUUCCACGCUCUGUGGUUGACUCGUUCUUUCCUUCCAGCAUGGCCGAGUUCUACAGCAACCUCACAAAGGCUGUUAAAUCUCUUGAGGACCUUUAAGACAAAAAGGAACAAAGACUGAUUUCGUCGGGUCUAUUUAUCUUGUCACACGUUGUAUUUCAAAACAACAGAUCUCAGAAUAUUAGAUGAUGCCAAAUUUUAGUCAGUGCAGUACAUGCUGGUUAAUCUUUAGACUCUCACAGGAGGAAUCCUGGAAAUGUUUAACAGCCAACACCCAUAUCUAGAAGGAGGAAAAAGGUUUGAACGCCUUGAACUUUACUUUAUUCCGGACAGUUUAUUUGCCCUUCUCCAAUGACCGAAGAUAAUUUAAAGUUAGUUUAUUUUAUAUAUGCAGUAUUUUAUAAACACAGAAUACUUCCUGUAGCUAAAUAUUGCAGCACAAGAUGCUUUAACCUUCUCUUAGCAUACUUCUGUCUAUGCAGGUACAAGUAUGAAGACCUCAUGAAGCUUUUGCCCUAAACUAUUAUAAAAGGUGGCAUGUGAUGAGUGCCUUUUUUUAAACAAAGGGAGGGUUUUACUCUUUUUAACCUAAUCCACUUUGAAUAGAGCAUUACAUUUGGCCUUAUUAUUAAGCUAAAUGAGUCCCUCAGACAGCUAGUUAUCUUCUGUAGAUCAUAGAUCUAUGGACUAUUUCAUUGUCCGUAGAUCUAUGAGUUUUAUAUUCAAAACUGUGUUAUAUUCAUUGCCUUCCACUCAGAAGCACUUCGUGAGGAUUGGAGUGAGUGCAACUGGGUGAUAGUUGUUGAAGUAGGAAGGAGAGAUUUCUUAGAUACUGGAAUGAUAGCGGUGUCUUUAAAGAAUGUGGGGACAACAGCUUGGUUCAGUGAGGUGUUAAAGAUGUCUGUGAAGAUAUCUGUGAGUUUCACAGCACAGUGUCUCUCAGAACUCAGCCUGGAAUGUUGUCAGGACCUGAGUUUUUACGUGCGUUGAUCCUUCUGAGGGAUCUUCUCGUGCUGUCGGGUUAGCAUCAAUACCUGUUUGUCUUCAAUCAAUCAAUCAACCAAUUAAUCAGCCUUUAUUUAUAGAGCAUAUUACACAUUCAGAGUGUCCAAAGUGCUUUACAGGUGUAUAAAAGUUAAAAGAAAAAAAAACAUAAAAAUUACACACAAACACCUACAAUAAAACAUGUAGGAAAAUAAAGAAAAGAACAGCUAAAAACCAAAAUUAAAAUCUUAAAUUCAAUCCUAAAAUGUACAGACAACCAGUGCAGGGAGAAAAAUAUGGUAGAAAUGUGCUCACAUCGCUUGUUACAUCUCUUGUAAGCAGACAGUCAGAAGCGUUUUGGGCCAGCUGCAAACGGCGUAGAGGAGAGUUGUCAAGCCUAGCAUAAAGAGAGUUAUUAAAAACAUCACAUUUUCAAGGCCACUGUGAGGUAAAUAGGGUAGGAGUUUAUUAACCUCAGAUGAUCAAAGCUAGACUGGACUACUGCAAUGACCUUUAUAUUAAAUUUAAAACCGUUCUCAAAAACACUCCAACAUUCCUGACGUGAUUAUAAAACAUAAUCGACCGUGUCAGAAGCAGCAGUCAAAUCAAGCAAGAUUAAAACUGCAGACUCUCCCAAGUCUGCAGUUAAAAGAAUAUCAUUAAAAACUGUAAGAAGUGCUAUUUCUGUGCUGUCACACAAUUUUAAAAACAGAUUUUUUAGUAAGCCGUAGAUGCUCCUAUAAUUGGAAAUAAACCACCUUCUCUAAUAUUUUAGAAAGAAAAGACAACUUAGAAAUGGGCCUAAAGUUUGAUAGAACAUUAGGAUCCAAGUUAAUCUUAUUAAAAAGAUGUUGGACCACGUUAUGUUUUAAAGCAACUGGGACACAGCCUGAGGAAAGAGAGCUGUUGAUUAAAUUAACAAUGUAAGAACCUACAGCUCUGAAGGCCUUUAGUAGUCACGGAGGAAUAAUGUUACCUGGACAAAAUGAAGGCUUCAGCUUCCUGACAAUCUUAACUGGAAGAGGCAAAUAUUAACUGAUUUAAAACAGCUGGAGAAACAAGCGUUACGACAGGAUCAGCGGUUCAAUGAGAGGGCAAAGACCUGAUAGUAUGCACUUUAUCACUGAAAAACUUUAAAAAAAUGUUUCACAAAGUAAACAGAAGGGACAAGUUAGAAAGAAAUCACAGUGAAUCAGGAGACUUCAGUAAGUUUAACAGAGCUUGAGGCUUGUUGCUGCUUUCAGACAAAAACUUAGAAAUAAACUUAGCACUUUUAACAGCAGCCUGAUAUCCGCUGAAGAGUAUCGCAGAAUCUCAAAGGAAAUGUGAAGCUUGUUCCUUCAGUCUCUCUUGGUGUGCCAGGAGUGUAAACGCUUGUGUGUGAGAUCAUUGAGGCAUGGUUCUGUAACUGCUUUACAGCAUUUAGAUUUAAAAGGAGCAAUAUCAUCUGAAAUAGUGUUAAAAUCAUUUAGGAGAUGUUUUGUUCAUGGAGAUGUUUUGUGCUCUGGGGUGCUGUUGUCUGCCUCAGAGAGGGCAACAGAAUUAUCUCAGCAGAGAGGUGGAGUUUUUGAAAGUCUGCAGCUUGUAGUCCGUGUUGGUUUGAGUCCCUCGCCACAGGUUCCUGGGGCCUCAUGUGCGAACCUUGUGUACGCAGAAAAAUCCUUGCGGCGCAAUGUUUUAUGUACAGCUCGGGAUGUACAAAAUGAACGUUUGACUUUCUGUGAAAUUGUGUGGCAGCCACACAAGCAGUAACCAACUUCAAAUACCAAACCACAUUUAGCCUCAUACAAUAACACAACUCACCUCAAUAAAUGAUGGAAACAAACUCAGUCGGAUGUAAACUGUAAAACGUCCUCUCUUUUUGUCAUAUGUAUGUGUAAAUGCUUAUCGGUAUGUGCUCUGAGCAUAUAAUGCAUGUGAAUCAUAUAAGUGGCACUUUAAUUCUCACUGAAAAAGAAAACGGUGUCGGAUCAGCAGAUCAAUUCCAAACAAGUCAAGUGUGACGAUUCAUAAGGUGGACAAGCUGGAGUCGAUCACACAUGUCCAUAAAUAGCUGUAAAGUUGUGCGUAAUUGUGGAACGAUGGCAGCUUUGGCACAGCUGGAGGACAUGGAUGAUGGAAGAAGUCGGAGGGAGCGUGUUUUCAGAGAUUGUACUGACCUGCUGGCACAUGAGGGCUUAUUAGCUGGUUUAGUUUGCUCAACAUGUGCAAAUACUUCCUGCGUACAGAUUGGGUGAAGAAAAUGAGCACUUUGUUGGAGAACGGUUGUUAGAUUCAAACGUGAGUCAGCAGCACAAUUAAGUACAAUGCAAUCUGCUGUUGUUACUGUUGAUAUCUUCAUCUUCUGUUGGUUUUAAAUUGGUCGGCUGCCAGUAUGUUGAGCAUUAAUUUUUUACUGAUUUCAGUCAUAAUGUGCAAGAGCUUCCCCAUAAGAAAGAUUCCAUUUUACCCAUCUUCACAACAACGAAGACUGGGGUGUUUACAACCCAUUGCACUCUGGAACCCGUUCUCAAAUUGUGCCAUUGUUAGAGAAAACUGGCACCAUUGUCUUGUAAAUGAACAGUAGAAACGCAACUAAACUUUUCAGUCUUUACCUGAAAACGCAAACAUGUAAAAUAGGGCCUAAGAUGCACGUGUACCUGCACCCAAUUCCAAGUGGGAUGUAUGAAGAAAAGGUGAGAGGUGACACGUCUAUGCACGUCUUUCAAUAAUCUGAAUUUUUUUGUGCAACGCAACUUUCAGAAUUUCUAUUAUGAAAGCUGCACACUCUUUUUGUACAUGAGGCCCUGGGUUUCCUAGUUGUUGUUGAAGUGGCUGGCUAUUUUCCUGGAGUACUGCCUCUUGGCUUCUCCGAUGGGUUUUUCAUUUUAAAUAAUUAUUUUAUUGUAAAUUGACAUAUAUGCAUUUAAUUUAGUGUACAACCAUUUUUUCUGUAAUAAGCAUGUUUGAUAGCUGAGGACCAUUAAGUCAGUUUUCCCCCUUAAUCAUGGCUUUUUUUUUUUUAUUCAACCUGUGGCUGACUAUUUUAACCAGUGUUACUACAUUUCAUUUGCAUUCCUGUAUGUGUUCAUAAUGUUAAUGUGCAUGUUCAGACAUUUACCGUAUAUCAGUGAGAUUUGAAAAGAGACAAUUUGUUAUUUUUGAUUUUGCAAUGUGGAUCAAAAAUCCUUAAGUUUCUAGAUGAUCAAGAUAAUAUAUCAAAUAAAUGUGUGGAAACCAGAAACACAUUGCUGUAUUUGCAUAAAAUGAAAUUUAAAUUGAUGUUUUGACCUUUUGAUUUUGCAUUUCCUUUCCUUCUAUAACUAUUAACUAUAACUAUUCUCUAAGCAUCUUCCACAAGGUUUAGGAGUGUGUUCAUUGAUGAGAAAAGAUGAAUUGCAGCCUCCGCUCUAAUUCAUCUCAAAGGUGUUGAAGAAGUCAGGACUGUGUGUAGGCCAGUUAAGUUUCUCCACAUCAAACGUACACCUACAGCCAUGGAAGUUAUUGCAAGACCGUAAUUCCUUUGGUGAUGUGACCCAACACUUUAGCAAUAUCUACAAACCUAUUAGAUGUGUUUGUCAUUCUGUUGUUUACCUUUCCAGUGCUGACAUCCAGUUGACAGAGUUGCUCAACUUUAAAUAAACACAUCAACUCAAA